AUGGUAUCAAGCUCUCAGGAUUUAUGGCUCCCCAUCUGUGUGUCCACAAGAACUGUCAACUUCCGAGACGGUGCUCAAUAUGCCACGUUGUCUUACACUUGGAGCAAUGCUCAUGGUAUUUUUUCGUCAGAAGAAGAUGCUAAAGCCGAUACACGGCACGAUAUCUCAAUCUCAUGCGAUGGCAAGAUUAUUAAAAUUGGGGAGAAUCUAUAUCGGUUCCUGUGCUGGUGGCGACAGUCUCUUGUAAACUUUGAAAAUAUACGACAGUCCAUGCGAGGAAAGAUGCCGGACCGAGCCUGCCCUCCCGAAGAGUUCUGGAUUGACGCCAUAUGCAUAAAUCAGAAGAACGACGAGGAAAAGAAUUCUCAAGUGUCCGUCAUGGGGGAUAUUUACACUCACAGUCAGACAACUUGGAUCUGGCUAGGCGAAAGUGAUGUGUUAUCUGAGCCAGCACUUGAACUUCUCUCCACCAUGGGGAACAACACCAUUCGCCAAAGCUGGACUCGGUUUAAAAAAAAGCAUCAUGGGAUCUAG